GUGUCCCGAUGCGUCCCUCCUCUCUGAGCAUUGAGGUGAAGUCAAUCGAACGGCUUUAGUGCUGCGCUUUUCCAUAUCUGUGUGAGGGAGGACGCACAGCUCGCUCUACAGCAUCUAACAGCAUCUUAACGGAUCUCUCAGAGUCCCCCUGAGUCUUGGGGUCAGAGGUCAAAGCACCAUGGGAACCAGGAGGGUGCUAGUAACCGGCUGCUCCUCUGGCAUUGGCUUGGCUGUAGCUGCACGGCUGGCCAAGGAUGAGCUAAGACGAUUUAAAGUGGUUGCCACAAUGAGGGACCUCAGUAAACGAGGACCCUUGGAAAAAGCGGCAGGUGACUCCCUAAACAAAACGCUGGAAAUCAAACAGUUAGAUGCCUGUUGUGAAGCCUCCAUCAGAGAGUGUGUCGACAGCCUGCCGGACAGACGGGUGGAUGUUCUUGUGAACAAUGCUGGUGUUGGCAUGAUUGGACCUCUGGAGUGCCAAAGUAUCUCUGCCAUGAAGGAUCUCUUUGACACAAACUUCUUUGGCCUGGUACGGCUGGUGAAGGAGUUGCUGCCGGACAUGAAGCGCAGGCAGAGCGGCCAUAUUGUGGUGAUGAGCAGCGUUAUGGGAAUUCAGGGGCUUCUGUUCAAUGACAUCUACUCUGCCUCCAAAUUUGCUGUGGAAGGAUUUUGUGAAAGUGUGGCAGUACAAGCGCUGAAGUUUAACAUCAAGACAACUCUUGUGGAACCUGGCCCUGUGGUGACGGAGUUUGAGAGGAAAGUGUACGACGAUGCCGAAAUGAUGGAUCUAUCAGGCACAGAUGAGGAGACUGCAAAAAUGUUCCGUGAAGUUUACCUGCCGUACUCUAAAAAGAUCUUUGCCUCUGGGCAAACACCUGAGGAAGUGGCUGAGCAAACCCUUAAGGUGAUAACAGCCAAGGAGCCUCCUUUGCGUCACCAGACUAACCGUCUCUACAUGCCCCUGACCGCUCUGAAGCAUGCAGACCCGACUGGUCGGCUGUCUCUGGACACCUUCUACAAGAUGACCUUUAAUCAUGACAGAGUGUUCAAUGUUUCCCUCGGGCUGCUGCGCAUGCUGCAGAGGAGAGCAAAAAAGUGAUGAGGAUUUCACUGUCAAGUUUCACAGACAGUAAAUGUUGUUUUUUAGGGAGAUAGUGAUUUAACUGUAGCUACAGCUAUUGUCACACAUUCUAGGUAUAAUGUUGGCACAGGCUGAAGGAUGUGGUCUGCAAAAUACAGGGAAUCCAAAAAUAGAGUUGAUUCCUUAUCGUAUGUAAAUAUGCACAUACUAUUUAUGAACUACCUUUGCAACCACCUUAACUUUUUGUUUUUACUUUCUUAUGUAUUGUACAGGUUGUAAAAGGCACUCUUCCAUUUUCUGUUCUUAUAAACUAACAGCAGUGAAUGUUUAAACCCAGAACUUUCUGGAAACGAGAACAAGGCAUUAACAGUAUCAAAAAAUAUAUUCAUUAUGGGACUGCAUUUUUUUGGCCUCCAACAAUUGGAAUAUUAUUAUUGCAUUAGUAAAGUAAACAAUAAUAGUACCACACUGUGUGUGAUUUAAAGUAUUGACAGAAAGGCUCCCAGACAUACAUUUAAUGUGACUAUAUAGGAAUUGAGUGAACAACGCUAAUGGGUUCUCUUUUAUGAAAUUUACUUUUUUUUGUAAAUGAAACUAUGAUUAUGAAUUAUGUUGAAACACUGAAUGUAGGGAUGUACUCAGACCCUUUCUUGCCCAAUAAAAUAAAUAUACAAGGCUCAA